AUGGUGGAAUCUCAGAAUCUACUGGAAGUAAAAGAUUUAUCAGAGUACUGUUAUCCUGAAUCAAAUGUUUCAUGUGUAAAAAUUUCUCAUAAUGUGGCAACUAAAACUGUUUUAUAUUUAAUACUGGUGUUUGCAAUGGUCAUUACAGUUGUUGGAAAUGCUGUGGUCAUUAUAUCCAUAGCUCAUUUCAAACAACUUCACACACCUACAAAUAUUUUGGUGAUGUCUCUGGCUCUGGUGGAUCUACUUUUGGGACUCACAGUCAUGCCUUUCAGCAUGGUCAGGACUGUGAGUGGCUGCUGGUACUUUGGAGAAGAAUUCUGCUAUUGGCAUUCUACUUUUGAUUUUCUCUUCACUGGUGCAUCAAUCUUUCACCUGAUAUCUAUUGCCACAGAUCGAUAUCAAGCUGUGUGCUAUCCCCUUCAGUACUCUGAAAGAAUAACUCUACCUGUUGCAGGUUUUAUGGCAGCUCUGAGUUGGAUUUUGGCUACAGUGUAUGCUUUCUGUACUGUUGGUACAAAAGCAAAUGAAGCAAACUUAGAAGAUUAUAUUGAAUCUAUAGAUUGUUUUGGAAGUUGUUUAUUUUUGGUUAAUGUAGUGUGUGCUUCUAUAAGUACAUUUCUUUUUUUCAUUUUACCACUCUGUAUCAUGGUUGGCUUGUAUGCACAAAUAUUCUGGGUUUCAGAAAAGCAUGCAAAAAAAAUGGAGAUCAUGAAAAUAUCAAUGCAAAGCAAGGUGAAACAUGAGAAAAAAGCAGCAAAAACUCUUGGCAUUGUUGUGGGUGCAUUUAAUUUAUGCUGGAUGCCAUAUUUCAUCAUUUCUGUAGUUGACCCUCUUUCAAACUUUUCCAUUCCUUCAAUCAUUUAUGAACUGUUUAACUGGUUGGGUUACAUUAAUUCUGCCUUCAACCCUAUCAUAUAUGGCCUUUUCUAUCCAUGGUUCAGAAAAACACUUUAUCUCAUUGUGACACUAAAGAUAUUUGCUUCGAACUCCUCUGACAUUAAAGUAUAUGCAGCUUAA